AUGGACAAUCUAACUAUAGAGCAAUUAAGAGAAAUGCAGUGUAUCUUGCAAAAGCGAAACCAAGAAUUAGAAGAGAAGUUAUUCUCCACUUCAUUUGACGAUGACAAAGCAAAGCUUAGAGUGGCCUUGACCCUACUCAAAUUCACUGAAGACACCGACGAAUUUACCUUAUGGGAAACCAAUCUCAAAACAUGUACUUUGUGGAAGGAAAGUCCGUCUUCGACACGAAUACUACGCAUGCUACAGUACUCUACUCCAGCCUUAGAGAUCCGGCUCAGAAUAGUACGGCCUAAGCUGGCUUUGCUUCGCACCUCACUAGAGAUGCUCGAAAAGAAAGACCCAAACUCUAGACUGCUUGACUGGGAUAAUGUCCGGCCUAAAAUCAUCGAGAUCUUUAUGGAUCAAACUCCUGAGAGAAAGUGGAGACCAUACAAAGUAGGCGAAUACUUUGAUCUGAACAUGUGGAGUUUAGUAAUGUAUGCCGAGCUGACGCUAAAGACAGUAAGCUGGGCUCAAUUUGUAGCUGAAAUUAAUCGAGCACCGCCCCAUCCCAAACUUGGACGAAUGUUCGACCCAAAUGUGCCUGAGCUAGAUAGAUUCAAAGACAUAUGUUAUAGCAUUUAUCUAAAGGAACAAGAAAAGCCCAAGUCAAAAGGGCCCUACAGCCCCAAACAAGCCGCUUCAAAGCCACCACAAGCCCGCAACUGCAGCUAUUGUCACAAGAAAGGGCACAAAGAAUCACUGUGCUACUAUAAGAAGAACAAAGACUGUAACUCAUUUGACCCGAAAACAAGUCCUAAACACCAGGAGAAACCAAGAGCAUACGAGUUUCCAUAUAGUGAAAAGAUAAAGCUUAGAACCAAAGCUACCACGGAUGUUACAACCACCACCGGCAAACCAAUUAGAGAAUUGUGCGAAAAGUCACCAGAGUUUAACUCCCUAAAUUGGGGACUCUACAGGCAGCUAAUGCAUAACCAGUCGCCUGGGAAGUUUAAACACCACCAGCUAGAAGACCUCAAUGGGUUGGACGACGAGAAAGACUCGCCUUCGUAUUGCAUCGACGUCAAUACAAAAGUCCGUGGUGAUAGUAUAGAAAGAUAG